UAUUAAUGAGGAUGUUGCCAGGACCCAUGGGCCUGAGCUAUAGGGAGCUGUUGAGCAGGCUAUGACUUUAUUCCUUGGAGCACAGUAGGAUGAGGGGUGAUCUUAUAGAGGUGUACAAAAUUGUGAGAUGAAUAGAUUGGGUAAAUGCAGUGUCUCUUGCCUAGAGCAGGGGAAUUGAGGACCCGAGGACAUAGGUUUAAGGUGAGAGGGAAAAGAUUUGAAAGGAACCUGAGGGGUAACUUUUUUACACAAAGGGUGGUGGGUAUAUUGAUGGAGGUACUGGAAGUAGUAGAAGGUACUAUCGCAGUGUUUAAGAAACAUUUAGAUUGAUACAUGGAUAGGAUAGGCCGAGGGAUAAGGGCCAAACGCAGGCAGGUGGGUCUAGUGCAGGUCGGUGUGGGCAAUUUGGGCUGAUACCGAGUCAGGGGAUAUGGGGAGAAGGCAGGAACGGGGUACUGAUUGGGGAUGAUCAGCCAUGAUCACAUUGAAUGGCGGUGCUGGCUCGAAGGGCCGAAUGGCCUACUCCUGCACCGAUUGUCUAUUGUCUAUUGCCUAUUACCACGCUGUAUGACUCUAUGACUCAGAUGUUGCUUUAUCUCUCGCUGAUUCUAUGACCAAUCUGCGUUCCUUUAAGGUUCAACCAGCUUGUGAGUUUGCAGCUUUGUGUUGGCUUUGGAGGACAAAUGCUUUCACCUUUGUGAUCUCUCUGCCAGUGAACCCCAGUCACACGUUCAGUGAAGCAGGAAGCAGGCAGCUCGCCUGGCCACACCGAGUCUCACAGACUGCGAUCUCAUCCAUAAACAACAGAGAUGCGGGCAGGUGAUUGAUUUCCCUCCUGGACGUCACUUCAGUGACAAAGUGGACCCGAGCUUUGCCGGAUCUGUGAGUGAAACACUGACUGCUUGAGUCCAGAUGACAGGUUGACAUCCUUUACUGUGACAACCAGAAAAAAAAUCACAGUGAUCAGAGAAAGGAAUUUAGAGGCAUCGUUGCAAGAUGUUGCCAAUGACGUCAUUUCCGGUUAGCGGCAUGCUGGCGCUGAGUGCGUCAUUUCCGGUUUGUGGCAAGAAGCGAGAGGGUGACGUCAAGAUAGCACCGAGUGCAGGCGCCGUUGAAUAAUUCAAGAGAGCUGACUGCUGUCUAUGAGAACCCUGACUGAGAGAAAAUAAAAGAGGAAGCAAUGGGUCCUUUGAUUUGCAACAAUCUUGAGUUCAGUCCGGGAGCAUCUUAACUUGCAAAACAGGUAAAUAUUUCAUCUGGCCACGUUAUUUUUCAUGCCCAUCAGAAGAUUGUUCAACUUCAAAGCUGAUUUAAACCUGCACACAGAAGCUCUGCUCCUGUAAAUGUUUUUCUAAGAAAGGGGAUUUUUAUUCAUACACGCCUGUCAGAAUAAUUCAACUUUGACAGCUACGAAUACAAUGGUGAGCGAUGGUUCCAGACGGCAGAAAUUAAAUGUUGUUACAGUCUGAGACAGGAUCUUGCCUCAUUUGAAAUGAGGGAAAUGCUCAAAGCUGGAAAGCGUUCACGUCAGUCUGGAAAUUGGAGCCUUUCAGGAGUAGCUCCCGAAACAGUCAUCAACGGUCAAAGAAACAACAAUGCAUCUGACAGCAGAAUAUUGUGAAAACUCCAGUGUGUUGGCAACUCAUUAGACCAGGAGCAUGCACGGUGAAUAGAAAACUGCAAUAUAUACUGAAAACACCUAUUGUGAAUGGAUAACAUGGCUCUACAAGCAAGUAUGAAUUGUGAAUGCAGAACAAUAACAGAUACCGAUACAUCAAAGCCCCUUCCAUGAUAGUGAAGUGUUUCGGAGUAUUCUGAGGAACAAAAGAAGAUGAGUGAUGAGCAGCAGUCCAGUGUCCAUGACUCAGAGGUGGCUCCGGAAAACGCUGAGGAUCUCCAAGAGCAAACUGCAAAUCCUGAAGCAUCAUUGUUGAAGAGUCCUAGUGAGGAAUCUGAGAGUUCUACCUCUUCUGGGAGUAGUUCACAAUCCAGCAAAAGUCAAAAUCCUGAUGGGAAUCCUAUGCCUGAUACGGGGGAAGCUACAACUGAAUCCCCAUAUGGAGAGAGCUCUUUGGGAGAAAAUAUACCUAGAAUAGAUGAAGGUAAUGUCGAUGACUUCAAAUCUGAAAGGACAUCAGAAUCGAAUCAGGAAGACUUGUUUUCCCCAAGUUCCGCACAGGCCUCUGAAAAUGACGGGUAUGAGGAAUUUCCUGAUGCAGCGGAAUUGUUCAAUAAUGUUUCUCCAUCUUCCACACGGCAAGAAGGCAAGGAAGAGAAGAAAAAAUUACUUAACACAAUGGAGACACAGACCACCUGGAUUUCUUUGGACACUCCAGGUUCUUCGGUGGCAGAGCUUGAAAUGGAAAUUCCAAAACUGUUGAAAUCUCAUUCAUUGGACUCAAAGUCUUGGAAACUGGACUUCUUGACUGAUUCUGAGAAAGGAGGGUCUCAAAAGAAGUUUGCAAGUGAGGAGUCUUUUACUGAGUCUUUUACUGACUUUACUCUGACCGAGACAAGAAGUGAAGAAUCUGAUUAUGAAGAGACUGAUUAUAAUUCACUGGAUUUCUCUGAGAGGACAAGGUGGAAGACUGGAAGGUCGAAGAGUAUAUUAGGGAUUCAAGAGUUGAAGACUGAAAGGAUAAAUGGUUUCCAUCCUGACAUGCACUUCCAAGUGGCAGUGGUCAAAACUUCCAAAGUUGUUCACUGCGAGUUCUGCAAGCAGGAGCGAAUGCCGUUCCCGACGCCCCAGCAGUUGGACACCACCACUCCAGACAAGCUCUUCUGUUGCAACAUGAGUUGGGAACUGUACCAGCAAAUCUUGAGGAAGCGAGAGGAGGAUCCGGACUAUUCUGAACCAGAUUCUGAUGAGGAAGUCUUCCACACCACAUUGGUGGAAAUGGAAGAAGCAGAGAAGAAGAUCAUGGAGAGGAUAAAAAAUACAGAAAUUACGAUGUACAUGACCACCAUGGUGCAUGGAGAUGAAGUCAUCUUCACAACCAUGAAGACCAUCUCAUACAAGUUGUCCUCAGAACAAUGCAGGAAGCAAGGAUGGACGUUGGGAAUUCCCCGAGCCAAGCCCGUAAAAGUGGAAGAUUUCUCGCGAUAUGUUCCCGUUGCAAAGUCCUACAAGGAAGAUGUGAGACCUGAUAAUAUCGUGGAGAAAUACUAUCCAAAUGGCAGGAAGUUUCUCAUCAUGUUCCCGGAUGGAACCUUCACCGUUUUCUAUCCCUCGGGUAAUAUCGCCAUACAGGCCUCUCCUCUCCUCCACGAUCAGCUGGUUUACAUCAUAUUUGAGGACCUGGAUUGGAAUGUAAGAAUGCUGGGUGUCUUCCAGUCAACCGGUCAUGGGACUUGUUACCAUCCCAAUCGACAUAUUUGGAUCAACCUGACCCCUCUCCAUGGAUUAUACUUCACUGAACAGGGAGUCGUCAAGAUGCACUGGCAGUGGCGAGAUUACGCGUACCAUGUCCACGCACCACCGUAUAACUCCAUCAGCCUGAAAUUAAGCCCCUUCAUUAGCAUCCACAUCAUUUCACGAGAUCAGGUUUACGUCACAUUCAAAAGGAUGAAGAGAAGAAUACGAUUCAACGUGGGAGCAAAGCUGGUACCGAGAAACCUUGAACAAUCUCAUGCAGCACAAUCACGCCUGAAAGGAGAAAAAUAUAUCAAAAAAGCAAAAGAGAAAAUCAACAUGCUCCUUAAACAACUAAGAGAGCGUGAAUGAUCGGCAUUUUCAGCACCACUAUCUCACAUUAGAGAGGCGGAAUCUGCAGGUGGGAGCCAAAAUUCAAGCAUCCAUACCUUUAAACUAAAGGGAC